UCAAUUUUACUAAUUUUCAUUUAUUUUUUUCAAAAACAUUGUUAAUACGCUAUAAAGAGCAGAGAAUUGCCCUAAUUGAUCCAGAGGCGGCGCGACGAUAUUCGAGCAAUUUUUGCGAUGAAGACAGUCACGGGAAGAGUUAGCAACGCGAAACCAAUCUCCCUCGCUAAAGCGGCUACGCUUCUCUCCGGGUUCGUUUCCUCUGAAACCCAGGCCUCUCAAGACGUCAGCGCCUACCUCCGACGCGCCUCUGCUGCCUUCGCCGAAUUAAAGAGCUUCCACAGAGAGAUUCGAUCGACGAAUCCAAAAUUCGAGCUGGGUGGAGCUAAGGGGACUGAUGAUUUGGUGGAAAACGCAAAUGUGACCGGAGAUGAAUCAGUUCAUGGUCGGAAACAGGAUAAGAAGAAGAAGAAGAAGAGGGUUAAAGAGAACAAAGAAGAAGAUGUUGUUGAGGAGAAGGUGAUGGUGAAGUUGGAAGACGAGCAAAAGAACAAAGAGAGAAAGAAGAAGAAGAGCAAAGAGGAAGAUGUUACUGACGAGAAGGUGAAUGAGAAGUUGGAAGAAGAGAAAAAGAGCAAGAAAAAGAGGAAAUUAUUGUCAAAGGAGAUUUGA